UGGUUUACUUUUUACUUGAAUACAAACUUUUUUUUGCACCCAUUGUGCAAUUAAUACUAAUAAAUCAAUAAUCCAUAAUUGUACCAAUCUUUUCAAUUGAAUCAAUUUGAAAACUUUAUAAGAGAAUUUAUUGAGAUUUCUUUUACUUAAAAAAGAAAUCCUUUUCUAACUUUAAAGAGAGAAAUGGAAGUCGAGAGUGUACUGGUUACAGGAGCUAAUAGGGGAAUUGGUCUGGAAUUUGUGAGACAAUUAGUAAAACUGGAUAAACCUCCUAAAUUAGUCUUCGCAACUUACAGAAAUGAAACUUCUAUCCAGACUCUCCAGAAAAUAAAAGAAGAAUCUGAUCAAACCGAAGUCAUUUUAAUCAAAAUGGAUAUUCGAAACGCAAAUGAUAUCGAUAGUGCUCAGAAAGCCGUCGAAGAGAGAGUUCGGGACAAAGGACUGAACCUCCUAAUCAACAAUGCUGGAGUGCUGAAACAUCAAGGCUUUCCGGAAAUAACCGAAGAAAAUUUAUUAUUUCACUUCACUACGAAUACUAUUGGGCCAGUUAUGGUUUUAAAGAAAAUGCUUCCCCUACUUCAGAGGGCAGCCAUCCAUAAAACUACUGGAAUGUGCAUUUCGAGGUCAGCGGUUCUCAACCUUUCUUCUACGCUGGGCUGUAUUACCACCGCGAUGGACGAAGUUUUCAGCGAAUUUUUAUCAGUGAUGGGAUACAGAGUUAGCAAGAUGGCCUUAAACAUGGCUAUGAGAAUCGCAGCCUUUAAAAUUAAAGAGCAAGGCAUCUUGAUAGUAAACAUGUGCCCUGGCUGGGUGAAGACUGAUAUGGGCACGGAUCGAGCCCUCAUAGAAGUGGAGGAAAGUGUAUCCGACAUGAUAAAGACUUUACCAGAGCUGAACGAAUCUCAUCACGGAUCUUACUUGGACAGGAACGGAAAAGUCAUUAAUUUCUGAAUAACACUGUUCCCGAACAAAUAUUUGCUUUUGGUUCUACCUCAUAUUUCAACUUCGAGUAUCUCAGACUUUACCGAAGUCAGGAUGAAUCUCAUCAUAGUUCUUUACUUGGUAGGAACGGAAGAGUCCUUCCUUUUUGGAUAAAAACUAUUCUUAAUAGACUUUUGAUUCCAGUCCUACCUCGUAUUUCAUCUGUGAAUAUCUAAGACUUAAUAAAAUCUGAACCUACUUCAUCGUCUUUCAUACUUGCACAGGAAUGGAAGAGUCAUUCCUUUCUAAAUAAAACUGAUCCUGACAAACAUUUACUUUCGGCUCUACAUCGUAUUUCAUCAGUGAAUAUCUUAAUAAAAUCUAGACCAAUUUCAACAUGGAUCUUACUUGGACAAGAACGGAAGAGAUAUUUGCUUUCGACUGUACCUCAUAUUUCAACUGCGAAUAACUCAUACUUUACAGAAGCUGAACGAAUCUUACCAUCGUUCUUAUUUGGGCAGGAACGAAAGAGUCCUUCCUUUUUGAAUAACCUAUUUCAAACAAACUUUUGAUUCUGGAUCUAACUCAUAUUUCAUCUAUGAAUAUCUUUUCAGUGUCAAAUGAAGUGUCAUAUUGUUUUGUCAUGAUUUAUCUAUUUUUGAAAUCUCUCUAUCAAAUUAUUGUUUUGAACUGAAUCUUAAAAAUUGAU